ACGAUGGUUGGGCUGCAGUUUACUACGGCGGCUGCGCAUGACACUACGGCGAGUAAAUUGCGAAAAUUCUUCAAUGAUCAAGGUAUGGCUAAGGCGUUUUAUUGGCUGGGGAAAUUUCGCCGAAGACUUGUCUUUGGAGAUUAUUUAUGUGCAGCAUGUUGACAGUACACCAAUGCGCAAGUGGCAGAAUUGUAAAGAUAUCAAUGAUCUGGAGAAAGGAAGACAAAGUGAUAAGACAAUUGCGAAGUUGUGGAGAAACGCACAUCAGUAUCAGUUGACGUUAUUCUACGAAGACGUUCCAAGUAUCCCACUUAAUCAGCAUUCAUAG